UUUAAAGCAACAAUAACAACAAAGCAACUUUUACUAACACUAUGCAAAAACAACAACAAUAUAAUUUUAUUUGGACGCUAUUGUUAUGCUGUCUUGUGGCGAUAAACGGCAGAGAAUUAAGAGAAGGCGAAAAUUAUGCAGAACUAACGGAUAACAACAACAAUAUAUCGGCUGACUCAAACUCAGCGGAGCAGCCACUACGAAAACCCAGCGCUGCAGAUUUUUCUGACGAAGAUGAGGAUGAGGACUAUGGCUUAAACAUGACUGUCUGGAACGACAACAGCUGGGAUGUGCUGGUCUUCACACAACAAUGGCCCGUGACCACCUGCUAUCACUGGAGGGAGCAAGAUCCAACACAUGAUUGCACGCUGCCACAGAAAAAGGAAUUCUGGACUAUACACGGUGUGUGGCCCACAAAAGUGGGACACUUUGGACCCAACUUUUGCAACAACUCGGCGAAGUUCGAUGAGCACCAGCUGCAGACAAUAUUGGACAGCUUGAACACAUACUGGCCGGAUCUGGAGGGCGCCAGCUCACAGGAUUGGCUGUGGAAACAUGAAUGGCUGAAGCAUGGCACCUGCGCUUCGCUGCUGGAUGCACUCAACGGUGAACUCAAGUAUUUCGGGCAAGGUCUUAAGUGGCGCGAGGAAUAUACCAUAGCUAAUAUACUGGAUGCGGCUGGCAUACAUCCGGACUCCAAUAAUUCAGUUGUUACUAUUAACCAGGCGCUGGUGCGUGGUCUUGGCAAAAAUCCCUCCAUACACUGUCUCUUCGAUGGCAAGCAUGAUAUUAGUUAUCUCGCCGAGAUUCGCCUGUGCUUCAACAAGUCGCUGGAACUCAUCAAUUGCGAUGGCAUCAAUCGUGACGUUAUGGCCGUUCAUUUCCAAGACGGUACAGUCAAUACCAAUUGUCAUAUCAGCAGUCCGGUGCAUUAUCCCAGCGUCUUGCCGCCGCUGCUGCGCAAGCAACCUUGGAAGUUUCCCGUUGUGGAUUUCUAUAAGCUCCUGCAGUUUCUCAUGUGGUUUACAUUUUGAGCACACUUUCCAAGCUUAUUUAUAUGAUACUCUUAUCAAAUUAGACACACACACACGAUUUGUUACAAAACUGUACUUUGCUUUGAGGCUACACAUAAUACUGCAAGCAUAUCAAUUGUAAUACGAGCAACGAUUUACUGGAUCACGCAACUAUAUAUUAUACAUAUAUACACAUCGUAUAUGUACAAACCUAUACAUACAUAUGGGGGCUCUCUUUGUCAACCUUUGUUAUAAUAUAGCCUAUUAUAUUACCUAAGAAAUUAAACCCUUGUUUUUAUUAAGUAUUUUUGCAGCCU